AUGGUAUACUAUUUCAAUGCAGUUGAAGCUCCUCAAGAUGAUUUUGGAUUAGGUGAAUCUAUUUCUCGUGUCGUAUACAUGGGGAAAGAUAAACAUGAAAACGUACCACUCAUUGAACAUUCACAUCCUAAAAAUUUAUGGUUUCAUGUUGAUAACUAUUCAUCUGCUCAUAUAUACUUACAAUUAACUCCAGAUGAACAACUCGUGCCAUUUGAGAAACUUGAGGUUCCAGAAGCCAUUCUCAUGGCUAUGGCUCAACUUACCAAGGCAAAUUCAAUCAAAGCUAAUAAAGUGAACAACAUCACCAUUAUAUACACACCAGUAGAUAAUUUACAUACUGAUGGAUCAAUGGAUGAUGGUACAGUUACCUUUAAAAAUCCCAAGAAAGUUCGUAAGGUAUUUGUUGCGAAAAAGGAAAACUCUAUUGUAAAUAAACUUAACAAGACUAAGACGGAAAAGUCAACUGAUGAAUUUAUAAAUGAACAAAGGGAAUAUAUAGCCACAUAUAUGCGUGAAAAGAGAGAACGCGAAAGAGAACAAGAACAACAAGAAAGAGAGCUUGCCAAGCUCUACCAGGACCAAAAGCAAAGAAAUAAAGAUCCAUACGCAGACUUGUUUACUGAAGACGCUGUUAGAAUGAGUAACAGUGCAUACAGGAAUGAGGACAUGGAAGAUGACUUUAUGUAA